CAGCCAUGUGACUUACAGGAGACACACGCUCACUUUCUAUCGCCCUUCCUGUAUCGGACCAUUCCACAGUGGGCUGAUCCACAGUGGGGAGAUUCCCACAUAUCAGCUUCCUUCUUAUCAGGGAGCCCCCAAGAGCGCCGGAGCCUGUUGCCUGGAUACCAGACUAGACCGCUGCAGCAUCCAAGCGUCUGCUGCCGCCAGCAGAAAAGCAGGCGCUGCUCCGCUCGCCGCUCGCUUGAUUUUUAUUUUUAUUUAUUUAUCCCCUCACUGACUUGGUAUGAAUAAGUGAGGACGCCCCAUGAUAGCGGAGGAUUACCAGUGGGAGGCAGGAUGGAGAGAAGAGUCCGCCAUGGGGAAGGUCUGUCCAUGGCCAUCGCUGGCUGGGUGUUAGUGACUGGAGGAGGAGCAGGGAGUGCAAGGUCGCAGUGAGGAGCCAUGCAGAUCCAGUCCUCGGGUCUACAGAUCCAGUCCUCGGGUCUACUUUACAAACCGUCCACGAGCGUCCACGACCAAAGAUGUGCUCUGGCGUCUAAAAUGGAAAUUCACCGUGAACAGAGCAUCUGCCAGGCCCGGGCCGCUGUCAUGGUCUACGACGACGCCAAUAAGAAGUGGGUUCCGGCGGGAGGUUCCACCGGCUUCAGCAGAGUCCACAUCUACCACCACACAGGAAGCAACGCCUUCCGUGUAGUCGGGCGCAAGAUCCAAGAUCAUCAGGUGGUGAUCAACUGUGCCAUUCCCAAAGGACUGAAGUACAACCAGGCCACGCAGACCUUCCACCAAUGGCGGGAUGCCCGGCAGGUUUAUGGGCUGAACUUUGGCAGCAAGGAGGAUGCCAACGUGUUUGCCAGUGCCAUGAUGCACGCCCUGGAGGUGCUCAACUCCCAGGAAACUGGUCCUACAUUGCCGAGGCAGGCCCCCCAUGUUCAGAAUGGUCCCACAGCCGAGGAAAUGGACGUUCAAAAAAGGCAGCAUCAGGAGCUGCAGAGGCAGAAGGAGGCGGAGCGAGAGUCGCAGGAGCGUCAGGAGCGAGAACGUCAGGAGCGAGAACGUCAGGAGCGGGAGGCUCGGGCGGAGACGGAGCGACUGGAGCGUGAGAGGAUGGAGGUGGAGAGGGAGAAGGUGGAGAGGGAGAGGAUGGAGAUGGAGACGGAGCGAGAGAGGGAGAAGGUGGAGAGGGAGCAGCAGGAGCAGCUGGACAGAGAGAAGCAGGACUGGGAGAGAGGGAGGCGAGUCUCCAAUGCUGCUUUCGAGAGCACCCUGUACAGCCCCACUCCUCAGGAGUACAGCAGAACUUCCUCCACGCCCGCGUCGCCAUCCACCCCCACUUACCCGUCUCCCGGUGCACUUUCGGGCUCCUGUGCCACACCGCCCACGCCGCCACUAAGACACUCGGCCUCCCGAUUUGCCACGUCCCUGGGCUCUGCCUUCCACCCGGUUCUUCCGCACUACGCCACCGUCCCAAGGAGGCAGCAGGCGUUUGCCCCGGUUCCGCCUCCGGCUCCGGCCCCAGUCCCGAGCCCGGCCUGUGCACCGAAGUCGGCAUACAACUUCACUCCCUUGCCCCCGUCGCCCCCCAUUAUGAUAAGCAGUCCCCCAGGCAAAGCCCCAGGCCCCAGGUCGCUCGUCCCCAUAGCUGCCCCAUCUCCUCUCACCCAGAAGCCCCCCUCACCGUCUGCCAACGGCCCACCCAUGUUUCCUGCACCGUCCCCGGUCACAAUUCUGCCACACAGCCACCCGGUCGGCAUAGUCUGCCCCACACCGCCGCCGCCGCCAACUCCGCCACCAUUUACUCCUUCAGUGGCGCCCCAUUCUUUUUUGUGCGUCUCGUCUCCCCCCUCCUCAUCCCAUGCUCCUGGUUUGCCCUCUCCCUCCACAGUUGCUGCUUGCGCUGAGAACCCCUCCCUCCCCGAGGGCCAGGACCCAGAGUCAGACCCGACAGUCCUAGAGACCCACCAACUGCAAGGGGGGUCCUACGAUCAUUCCCAGGACAGUGUACAGACAGCGGGGUCAAGCGCACCUGUCCCUCCCCCAGCCCCGCCCCUGCCGCCCGGGUCCACGGUGUCGGCUGGAGCUGCCACGCCGGCCGUGACUCCCACCACGCCCUGCGGACACCCUCCCCCACCACCGCCUCCACCGUUGCCUCCUACGUUGACUCCGGCCGUGACCCCGACAUCAGCACCAGGUCCACCUCUCGGGGCGCCGACCCCUCCGCCGGCGCCUCCCCUUCCCGCCGGUCUCUUUUCCCCGGCGGAGGAACGCCCGCUUUCAGGCCUGGCAGCCGCCCUCGCGGGCGCCAAGCUACGCAAAGUGCCAAGGAGUGACGAUACAGGGGCCGCUCUGGUAGCAGCCCUGUCAGGAGGUGUGGGGGCCAAAGCAGAAUCCAGGGUAAAUGGUCCACUUCCUGGAGGAGGCGGGCUCAUGGAGGAGAUGAGCGCCCUAUUGGCCAGAAGGAGAAGAAUUGCAGAGAAAGGGUCAUCACCUGAACCAGACCUCAAAUCAGAGGAGGGUGAGACCCCCACCACCACCCCCACCACCACCACCACCCCCAAAGUGUCAGCAUGCAGCACACCAGACAUGCCCAGGAAGCCCUGGGAGAGAAGUAACAGCACUAUGAACGGUAGCAAGUCUCCAGUUAUUGGAAGACCUAAGUCCAGUCCAACACCUGCAUCUCUAAGUGCCAACGGGGUACCAACAGAAAGUGUGGACUAUGACCGAUUGAAACAGGACAUUCUGGAUGAGAUGAGGAAGGAGUUGUCCAAACUAAAAGCAGAACUCAUCGAUGCCAUCAGGGAGGAGCUGGGCCGGUCCAGCACAGCAUAGAAGAUAGAAGACCUCCUCCACAUCCAACAAGACGUCAGUCUGGGUCGCGACACGGUGAUGACAAUGAAGACUUUAACCAGGUGGAGCACCUCCAGGUGUUGGUCUAAGUCUGGUCCUCCAGGACUCUCCAGGAGGACUCUGCGGUGUGAAAGGAAAAACGUGCAUGUCUUUUUUUUUUUUAUGCAAAAAGAACAAUCCCUAUCUUGUUGUUCCGACAAAGUGAGGACCUCUCGGAAGAGACACUGUCAACAUCACUGCUGGAUUUUUCUACCAGAAGGCGUUUUAAUGAAGGUGUGAAAGUGCGGUCACGUGACCAAGGAACGUGGGAUGGAAAAAGGACGAAGGAAACGUGGGAUGGAAAGUGUGAAAGAGCGCCACUCGUCUUCCUCAAAAUGCUCCUGGAACUGAAGUGUGUACAGACGGAAGAUGGCCGACCACCUCCAGUAGCUCCACCAUCAUCUUCCUCAUUCGUCUUUGCCAGCCAUGGUAGCUCAGAAAGUGCCAUUUCUUUUCUAUUCCUGCGACGUGGGCGUGGUCAAUGUCCGCUGACCUUUGACCCAAAGCAGCGAGGGUCACACGAGAUCCGCCAUCACACGUUUAUGACGAGCAAUAAGUGUAGCCUUCCUCUACGACCCUUCUGACAGGAAGUUACUGUGCACCAUGAUGUCACCGCCUCGUUCGCUCACUUCCCCCUCAACAUCAUGCGUGUCUUUAUCUGUGUAGUGUGUCGGCAUCCUGGAUCUACUUUGUUGAGCAUCUCCGUGUGCCAUUUUUCUUUCUGCUUUUUGCCUUAAACAAAUAAAAUUUUAAUUUUGUUCCCCUUU